UACAUCUAAUAUUAACAUAAUCCAGUUUAGACUAAACACAUGAAAAUCUAGAAAGAUCGUACUUACGCUCUCCCCAUCCAUGCAUCUAUAAAAGCCCUUCGGUGUCUACCAUAAUCGAUCAAAAAAGCCACAGUUAUUACUUCUACCAAUAGUACUAAUAUAAAUCUCUCAGUUAUUUCUCUCUUUUUCUCAUCAUCAAACUUGAUAACGAAACCUGUUUAUUGAUCAGUAUGGGUGAUAUUGCUUUCGAUUUUGAGAAAGAAUCCGACGUAUUCGAAUUUGUUGUAAAAAAAGGUCAUGGUGUUAAAGGUUUAGCUGAUACUGGUUUAACAACUGUACCACCAAGGUAUAUUCAUCCACCGUCAGAGCGUAUCGAUCGUAAAGAUACAAUCGAUUCUGCACCUUUUUUAAGUUCUCCUAUCGACAUAUCAGCUUUACUGGAGGAAGGUGAUGUUGAUAGUGAGAAGAGGAGUGAAGUCAGUAAGAAGUUAUGUGAAGCUGCUGAAAAACUCGGGUUUUUUCAGGUAGUGAAUCAUGGUGUUUCUCAUGAAGUUAUGGAGAAUGCUAAGCGUGCUGCUCAUUUUUUCUUCAACCAACCCCGGGAGAGAAAACUGGCUUACUCUAAAGAAAACUCACCAUGCCCAACCCAUGUUUUCUGCGGUACCAGCUUCUCUCCUCAAGCUGAAAAAUCCUUGGAAUGGAAAGAUUAUUUAAGCAUGGUCUACAUUUUUGACGAUGAACAUGUUCGAAAGUUUUGGCCUGAGGAAUGCCGGGAUGCUGCUGUUGCUUAUCUAAAAUCAGCCGACAAAAUGAUACUUGCCAUGUUGAGUGCCCUUCUAAAAGGAUUGGGUGUAGAAAUUGAUGACUCCACGAUCCGAUCCUACACUGGUGCUAGAGCUGUAAACAUGAAUUUCUACCCACCUUGUCCAAAUCCUGAUCUGACAGUUGGUGUCGGACGACACUCUGAUCUUGCUGCCCUCACGAUUCUCUUGCAAGAUGAUAUUGGUGGUCUCUUCGUUAGGGCUCAAGACAAAGGGUGGAUUGAGAUCCCACCGGUCGAAGAUGCACUUGUCAUCAACGUUGGUGACACCCUAGAGAUACUGAGCAAUGGUAGGUACAAGAGUGCUGAACACAGGGCAUUGGCCAGUAACACAAGAGCCAGGGUUUCGGUGCCGAUUUUCGUGAGCCCAAUUCCUCCAACCCCUGUAGGACCACUUCCAGGGCUGGCUGAGAAAGACGGAAAGACGGUGUACAGACAGAUGUUGUUUGGGGAAUACAUGGAGAACUAUUUCGGAAAUGGUCACCAAGGCAAAGCUACACUAGAUUUUGCUAAAGUCUAGUUGCAUCAACCAAAACUUAAUUUAUGAUGAAUUGAUGACAGAUGAGUUACAAAUUACACUACAGUAUUUUAAUAAACAUAAAAUAAAAAAUUUAGUGUGGCAGUUGGAUUAAAAAGAAUACUUCGUAAAUUAAGUUAUUAUUUCUUACCGAAUAAAUCAGUGAUUAUCUAGUAAAAUCAAGUUUCUUGUUGUGUGA